AUGACGGACAGCGGCAAGUGUGCGUUUGUUCUUGGGAUCGAGCUUUUGGACGGUGAAGAUGGCAGUGUGACACUAUGUCAGCGUCGGUAUGUCGAUGAUAUCCUCAAGCGCUUUGGCAUGGAUGAUUGCAAGGCAGUCGCAAGUCCAGUCGACAUGAGCUCUCGACUUGUUUCAAGUGAUGCAACUACCAAGGUCGAUGCUCCUUUUCGCGAAGCUGUUGGUGCGUUGAUGCACCUGACCACUGCAACGCGUCCGGACAUUGCGUUUGCUGUGGGCUAUGUGUCGCGGUUCAUGGAAAAUCCCCAAGAAGAACACUGGGUUGCAGUUAAGCGUAUCUUUCGCUACCUACAAGGCACCAAGACGCAUGGAAUUUGCUACAAGCCAAGUGCAAGGAUCGACUUCCGUGGAUAUUCGGAUGCGGAUUGGGCUGGUGAUCUUACCGACCGCAAGUCAACAUCGGGGUACACGUUCAUGCUACUCGGUGCGCCAGUCAGUUGGGGCAGCAAGAAGCAGCCAAGUGUUUCGUUGUCCACGAGUGAAGCCGAAUACAUCGCACUCAGCUUGGCGAUUCAAGAGGGCAAGUGGAUUCAUCGUCUGCUUUGUGAGAUCGUGAUGGCUGCCAAUGAAGAAGGACCGGAACUCAUGAUCCAUGAAGACAAUCAGUCGUGUAUCAAGAUGACGAAGAACCCAGUCAACCACGGCCGUGCCAAGCACAUUGAUAUCAAGUACCAUCACAUCCGUGAUGAGGUCAAGCGCGGUGAAGUGAAGCUCAAGUACUGUGAAACUGCGGUGAUGUUAGCGGACAUCAUGACGAAGGGACUUCACGGGCCACGCCACAAAGAGAUGACGGCGACUCUCGGGAUUCGUGAGCAUUCGGAUUGA